GUUGAGGCUCCCCCAAGACCCCCCACUGAUGCCCCACUUCUCCCGGGCCCUGAGCCGCCUCCCACCCAGCUACGACUCAGCUGCAUACCGGCCCUUCCUGGCCACGUACGGCACCCACUACAUUAGCCAGGCAGCACUGGGGGGGCGCGUGCGGCAGCUGAUGACCGCCCAGACCUGCCGGGUGGUAUUGGACGGGCUGACGGCUUCCGACAUCAAGGAGUGCCUGGCUUCACAGUUCUCCCUGAACCUGGGCUUGGGGUCACUUGCCUCAAACUCUGAGUGCCGUGAGGGGAGCAGCCACUGGCACAAGUGGCGCUCCCAGGCGGCAUAUAUGGAACACCGUGACGAGGUGACGGGAGGCCACGGCCAAGCCAGCCUGCUCUUCUCCACCAAGCAAGACGCUGGGGUCUUCUCGGCUUGGAUGGAGAGCCUCAAAACCAGCCCCAGCCUUGUCUCGUACUCCCUGAUGCCCAUCCACACCUUGGUGGAGCCGGAUGACCCCAGGCGGGAGGCGCUGAGGCAGGCAGUGAAGAAGUACGUGGCUGAGCGGGGAAGGAGGAGGAGUUGCCCUCGUAGCUGCCCGGAGGGGGGCAAAACCUACUCCUGGGACCCCUGCAAAUGCUACUGCUUCGCGAGCCCCCUCACCAACUCCAUGUGCUGCUCACUCAAGCGGGGCAUGGCCCGGCUGAAGGUCCGGGUGCUGUGGGCUGAAGACCUAUGGGGGGACCACAUGUCCGCCACCGACGCCUAUGUCAGGUUCUUGUUCCAAGGCCGGCGGCUGCAGACGGGCCACAUUGAGGGAGAUAACAACCCCAUCUGGUUCAAAGACCUGGACUUUGGGCUUGUGACGCUGCCGGCGCUGCCCAAAAUGGAAAUGGAGGUGUGGGACAGUGACCUGUGGGAGGAUGACCUCCUGGGCCGCUGCUACACCUACCUCGAGGUCGGCAGGGAUGUCAGACACACCUGCCACCUCGCACACGGCCACCUGCAGUUUUCCUACACGCUGGAGUGUGGGCCCAACCUGGGGGGCAACAACUGCCAUGAGUACGUGCCUGCAAGAGGCUGAGGGGAGAGAACCCAGGAGUCCUGGCUCCCCCGCUCUAACCCAC